AUGGAUGACGAGCAAAUGAUGGAGAUGGACGACCAAUUAUCCAAAAUUUUCAAGGAGCGUAAGGAUGCCCUUGACAACGUGGUGACUGGGAAUAAGCGGAAAGCUGAAGUCGUCGAAGCGAAAGAGCAAAUGACGUUUUUCAAAAACCGGGCGUUAGAUUUGCUCGAAUUAUUUGUUCGUAAGCAGCCUGACUCAGCAUUGGUUCUCACCAUGAUAGAACCACUCGUGAUAUUGAUAGGAUUGACCAUGGACAAAGCAAUAAGCGCUAAGGCUCACAAAUUGAUGAAGAGUAAGUUUAACAAGUGCAAGAUCACCAAUUUCGAUGCCAUCAGCACAGACCCAAAACAGGUUGAGACCUACUUGAUUGAAACCUUGAGUAAGGUUCAUGGCAUUGCAACAAAGAGCAAAACCCAGACACAAACUCUUGCUUGUAACCAAGCAGGACUUUUGAUUGCCAAGGCACUAACUACCCUUGAUGAAGCCAACAUUCAGAUGGUUAUUGAUUUCUAUUGCACAACCAUGAAGAAUUGGGCAGUUCAACCAAAGAACAAAAUUCAAGCUUCCAUGUUCUUUGAUUUUAUAAACUGGAUCAAUUCCAAAAGAAAGUAG